AUGCCAACUACCCCAGCGUUGGGAAUUGCUACUGGACGGCUGAUAGCAGGACUAACCGUCCGUGUGACUCGGUCGGGAAGCCAUGGUGAUAAAGAUGAUGAGGAAGGAGUAGUAGUGAAAGAACUUACUUCACAUUUGCUGAACAAAGAGGCGGAAUUAGCUCGUACUCGCGAAGAGUUGGAGGCAAGAUGUAGUCGAUUAAGUGAUGAACUACGAGAAGCCAAAGAGAAAAGCUCUUCACUGGCCCUAAAUUUGGAGGCGGCGUCGGCGAAGAGCGCCGAUUUGGCCGAACAGCUUCAACUUGCGAUUGUUUCCCGAGAUCUACUCAGCAACGAGCUUGCUCAACUAAGGCCACUGGCGCAUGCGGUCGAUAUCCAGAACGCUGAUGGUGUUUUGGCAUAUUUGGAUGCAGUGGAAAACGCGAAGCGUCACCAAGCUGAGGCCGUUCGAGCUCAAGCAGCGGCGGAAGAAAUCCAGACCCGAUACGACGAAUUGAAUGAGCUGCAAACAAGUGUUAUCAAAGACAAUACGAGAUUAUAUGAAAGGAACGCUGAGCUCGAGGCGCGAGCAGAGAAAUUUGAUGGAGAAAUAAAUAAUCUGAAUGAGGAAUGGAAAAAGAAGUUAGAAAAGGAGAAAUUGGAGUGGGAUGAAGCGGUAAGUAAUUUACUA